AUCUGGUGGUUCAUCUCAAUGGGCGGAAAGUAACGUUCGUUAAUGUCACUGUACGGAGCCGUGGCGUUGUGUUGACUUGUGUUGUAAUUAAAUAGAAAUAAAAAAAAACACAAUCAUGUCAGAAGAAGUCGAUGAUACAAAGGCAGUGGAAACGACCGAGGAGCAAAAGGAAAUGGACAGUGAGGUGAUUUGUCCAGAGAGAGCAGAAGAAGCCAAACUGAAGGCCAGAUAUCCGAACCUGCCAGCCAAAGCCGGAGGCUCAGACUUGCUCCGGAAACGACUGCAGAAAGGACAAAAGUACUUUGACUCGGGUGACUACAACAUGGCAAAGGCGAAAACCAACAAGAAUAAGCAGCUCCCCUCGGCGCAGACCGAGAAGGCGGAAAUCACCGGCGAUCACAUUCCCACGCCUCAGGAUCUGCCGCAGAGGAAAACCUCACUGGUGGCCAGCAAGCUCGCAGGCUGAUCUCCACCAUCUCCACCAAACCAACAGCUCGCUCUUCUCCCUCACGUUUUCCUCAUUAACACACCAUCCCUUGUUUUGUCUUUCAUCUUUUACGCUCCCUUUUUACCUCCAAUGUAUAAUAUACACUGAAAAUAGAGCCGUGCAGGUGCCAGCGUUGGAUUAUGGGUAGUGUGGGAUAUAUAAAUAUAUAUAUAUUUAAAAAAAAAACAAAAAAAACACGCCUGUAUGAAGAUUUCUCUGUGCUGUAGGAGUAGUAGACGGAACGUGUACAUAUUUGCUUGUGAGAGACGAGACCACGGGUUUUUAGAAAGGUUUUAUGUUCUAAUCGCACCAUUCCCGAAGAUUACACAUUAGCGCAGUAGCGUGCUCGAAUGAUUCACGAUCGAAUACGACCUCUAAUAACGAUAACAGUAAUGUACUUGAGCUGUUUCCCUGUUAACAUUUGAGCUUUACACGCCCGACCGGACCGCACCGCCGACGCCGGUCACGUUAAUCACACGCGGCUGCCGUCGGCUCGUCGCCUCCGACCCGAAAGAAAAGCCUUAAUCAUGUUACGGUUGUAAAGCAGCAAUCGUGAACCUGAAGGCUGACGGUCAACCUGCUGCAGACCGGCGCUCCACAGGCUUCAGACCCAGGGGUUUCUCACGGGUUUAUGAAGCAAAACACUACAACUCCAUCCGGGCAUGUGUGUGUCCACCGCAGUCACUUAUGUGCCAUUCGAUUUGUAAAUAAAAUAGUUUUGCAAA